AUUUUCCCUUGCAUACCCCAAUAAGGUUCAGCCUAUCUUUUGUCGUCUAUGAAGCUCUAUUCACGAUGUUCUUCGGCCAUGCGCAUGAGCAAACAAGCAUGUUGAUGUCAUUUGCCUACAGAAAUGCUAAUCCUGCUCGAUUUUUAGGGAUCUGCCAAUUCGACCAGCCAACCGAUACCGAUUCUUCCCCCACCCCCUGCUCCGAUGAGCCAAGGGCCCUCCCGUGCCCGACGACAAUUAGCCGCUCGGCUUGCGGCUCAGAAGCAGCAAUCUAACGACGAAGACAGGGAUCUGGUGGAAGAACAUGAGACCACUGAGUCCCAGUGGCCCACCAAUCCAUUUGUGAUUGCUGGUCUAGAUGACGACACGGAAGGCAAUAACUCUCCCGCAACUGCCGCUUUCCCCACCACCGACUUCCCACCAAGUAACAAAGACGAACCGUUUUCCUCGCCCACCUUCCCGGAAUCGGGAUUUAGCCCGCCGGACUCGUUCUCUACCGGUUCGUCUGAUGAUGACGGAGAGGGUCGAACCGAAGGCAUGCGGCGCAAGGAACGGGUCCCACUUGAAGUUGAGGACGACGAUGAUGACAUGGGAGAGAUGGUAGGGCCGUCUGCUGAUCCCAGAAUGAUGGAUUCGGACGAAGAGGAUGAGGCCAUCAUGAACGAGUCGCUCGGCUAUCCCGACCUGGGCCCGGGGCGCUACAUGGGCUUUUCUCGAUCACGCAUGGGCGCCUCUCCCUUCGGCGAUGAUGAAGAAAACGACAGUAGCGAUGGAGAGGAUGAUGGGCUGGUUGAGAUCCUUGUGCCAGGCAGGAAGGCUUCAACGUCUUCCACGCACUAAUCAUUCGUCUUUGUCUUGCUUAACUGAUAUCCUUUGCACCCUGACUUUUCUCUAAUGCGGAUUCCCUUUUGUUGUGGUUAUUGUGAAUCUCGGGCAUCACGCCUUGGGUGGUGCUUUGAUAAUGCUUGACCUGGUGGGAUUGGUAUAGGACCCAUCAUCUGUACACUAGUU